AUGAGUGAAACUUGCCCAAAUCCUCCUCAUCCAGGUCCCCCUGGUGAAAAGCUACCUGCUGCACAAAGCAUGCUUGAUACUGCGGUUGACGUUUCUCAAAGUUUUGAACCUUUAAAGAAGAUACACGAACAUGUUUGUGCAUUUCACUUUUACAGUCAUCUUAACGAUGACUUUCGUCAAUGUAUUAUUUAUGAUUCUAACGAGCCUGGUGCUAAACUGAUCGCACUUACUGAGGAUGAAAAGAAGUUUUGGCAUUCUCACACUUAUGAGGUGAAGUCUGGAAUGUUAGUCUGUCCUUUCGGAUCUUUGGUUCCAACGGCUGUUGCUGAUAAAGCAGAGGGGAAAGUGAUGGAAAAUUUGAUCAAUACUUACGGCAAGACUUGGCAUUUUUGGCAAGUUGAUCGAGGCGAUCCUUUACCAUUCGGUCCACCUCAACUUAUGAUGGCUUUCACUGAAGAUAAUCAAGUUUCGCCAAAAGCACUUAAAAGUCGUGACGAAAGACUCAAUGUUUCUACUGCGCAUAAAAAAGAAGCGUGA